ACGCCGGAACAGAGCUUUUUACAAGAUGGCCGACGUUUGAGAAAAUAUUUAUUGAAAAUGGAUUUAGAUCUAACAAAAUGUUGCAAUUGCGGGAAGGAAUUUUCAAAACAGAAGAAAUCUUACGGUCGGAGAAGUUUGGGAGCAAGUGCAAAACUUAAAAAGAUCGACAAGACGUUAAAAGACAUAAUCGAAGAAGAAUUUACUGUGACAAUAACACCCGAUUCAAAAAAUCAACGCUUCCUCUGUGAAUCAUGUUCGUGGAUGCUUGUGUCCAUGGCCAAAUCUUCAGUUGCGAAGCAGGAAGCACUGGAACGAUUAAAAGGAGCGACAGGGGGUACCACCUAUCUCGCCAAGAAAUUACGGAGUCCGGUACUUACUCCAAGGAAGAUAAAAAGACUAAGAACUGCUUCUCCACAAAAGCCAACAACUUCAUCUACUGACCCAGCAAGCCACACUGUUCAACCAACACAAACUUUUUCAACAAAAACCAAACCCAAAUCAGUACCGUUGACCCGAAUCGAAGCAGAUGUCCAAAAGGCCCUUGGCUACAUUCGCCGUCGUCAGUACAGCAGUGGGCUUUCUGCAUUGAUGGCAGCACGUGUAGGAUUUAAGAAUGCCGUGAACAGCAUGAUCCAACAAACUGUGCGAAAGGAAGUAUCCAGACUAUGUCAAAAUGCACAAUCAAUAUUCAAGGGAGGUAAAUCCUUGGAGGAGAUGAAAAACUUUUCCUGGGAAACAAGGUACCAGGAAGGGGUGAAAGAAUGCCCAAUGCUGACGAACGUGUUAAUUGGUGCAACUACAACAAAAAACAGUAGUAAUUAUCUUGGACUGGCAUCAAAUCCAUCUACAUCUGCCAAACCAACCAUAGGGACCCUCCUGGCAAUCAUACUGUAUCAAAGGAAGCCACGUAUAAUGUAUGAUCUCCAGGAACUGAAUUCAAUACAGAUGUGGCUUGCAGGCUGCAAGAGAGAGAUGUUCAGCAGAUUCGAGCAUCUAGGUCUGGCAACUGGAAUUAAGGGAACCAGGCAUUCACUAGACAGGGUGCGGAAAGAGUAUGACUGUGCAGUUUUUGAGUGGAAGAGAACAGUUACAGAUUAUCUGUUGCUUCCAUCAGAAACAUCUGCUUCUGACACCAUCCCAUAUGCAACAGGAGGGGACGAUUCAGAUUCGUUACCAUCCAUAGAAUCCAUUCUUGAU